UGUAUGUAAAAUAUUGUAAAUAUACAUCUUUUAUGCAGAUAAAUACAUAAGCCCACUAUUUGUUGUAAACUUAUAUGUGUGUCUUUAGUGUUAAUUAGUCUGAGAUGGCAGCCUAUUCAUUCAUGACUAACAAGAUGCGAUUUUUCAAUCCUAGAGCGGUUAUUUCAGGGUGUACGUCGGUUCGAACCAUCAAAGCAGUUGUUAGGCACUACAGUACUGCGGAACGACUCCAGACUCAUGCAACUACGGUUCCAGCGCGUAUUGUGUUGGUUGGCCCGCCUGGAUCCGGUAAAGGCUCUUACGCCAAAGAAUUGGUGCCUUAUCUUGGCGUCAAGCAUCUAAGUCCUGGAGAUCUUCUGCGGGCAGAGAUUGCUUCUGGUACACCCCUGGGCAAUGAAGUGAAAGAUUUGGUAUCUUCCGGGCGGUUGGUGAGCGAUGAGGUGGUCGCUAAGGUUGUGAAUCAUGCACUCGAAAGUUGCGGCAACGGCUUUAUACUCGAUGGGUACCCCCGUAAUGUAGAGCAGGCGAAAUUAUUGAGCAAAGUGAUUGGCAUCGACAUGGUGUUGCGCGUAAAGAUGCGUCCCGAUGCGUUGAGAGCAAAGCUCGAGGGUCGCCGGGUGUGCAGAAAAUGUGGAACCAGUUUCAAUCUAGCGAAUGUGAAGCUGGACCACCCUACAGGGCAUUCUUAUGACUCAGAGUUUUUCCAUAUGCCCGCGAUGUUGCCACACAAUUCGGAUUGUACCGAUCAAACUGAUGCACAUGACCUCGAGCAUCGAGCUGACGACCAAAGCGAUGUAAUUGAUAGGAGAUUAGAAGUUUAUAAGACAGAAACGUAUCCUGUCAUUGAAUACUACAGGGAGGGGGGAUGUAAUAUUGUGGAUGUUGAUAUAGAAGGCGGUAGAAGUGUCAUGUUACCUAUUAUUUUACGGAAAGUUGGCGUAGGCGCAUCACAUAAAUAAUGAUAUAACAUACGUUUAAUAGCAGAUUGUCACAUUAAUCUCCACUGUCGGUUCUCAGAGGCUAUUAUGCCUCUACUCUUGAUUGAUUUGGUUAAUUUUAUCUGGUGCAAUUAUCACCGGUAUGGCCCUGAGAUGUUCACUGUUCUAGAGCUUUCACACCUAGGGAGUUUGUCGUGAUUUAUAAGUUUUCAUAUUGAGCUGACAUUGUAUGUAUUCUUUAUUUUCUUUUUUGAACGUCUUUAAGCUUAGUCUAUGUGCUAGAAUUAAAGAUAUAUCUUCACAAUUUCGCUUUUCAUUAUUUGUUGGCCGAGUUAUUCAUUCUGGUUGUCCAACUUCUAUUUUUCAUUUCGCAUAAUAUAUACAAUGUCGCGUCUGUAAGCAUUUCAUACACUGCCACUAUCGAGCGGUUUCCUUAUUUUAGUGCGAUCUUUUUACACUCUGUGUACAUCUAUUGGGUGGCUGAUAUUCAUUUGGCGUCGCUCCCAUUCUUCGCGAACCUUCUUACGUUCUUUUGAAGCAACUCCGGUCAUGUUGUUGAGCACGGACUUGAAGUUGCCGAA